AUGAGCGAGUUAUUUUCAUCUAUAGUUCAUGUGCUUGAUCCAAUUAAAUGUGGAGGUUCCAGCCCCAAUGAUAAAUUGCAAGCAGGAGCUUUCUUGAAUAUGAUCAAUGAAUUUGAAUUUAUUUUCUUGAUUCAUUUGAUGUUGAAAAUAUUGGUGAUGUCAAAUCAGUUGAGUGCAGCAUUGCAGAGAAAGGAGCAAGAUAUUGUUAAUGCCAUGAUAUUUCUUGACAUUACUAAAAAGAGACUGCAAUUGUUGAGAGAUGACGGGUGGGAAUCUUUGAUGAAUGAAGUUUCAUUAUUUUGUGAUAAACAUGAAAUUUUGAUACCUAAGAUGGGUGAAUCUUAUAUUCCUGGAAAGUCAAAGCGUAAGUCUUGUAGUGUUACUUAUUCACAUCACUUACGUGUUGAGAUCUUUUAUGCUACUAAUGACUUGCAAUUGCAAGAGCUUAAUAAUCGAUUUGAUGUUGUGAGUGGUAACUUGCUUCUUGGUAUGGCAAGCUUGAAUCCGGUCAAUGUUUUUGCUAAUUUUGGGAAGGAAAAAAUAAUGAUAUUGGCCAAACAUUAUCCAGAUGAGUUUGGCGAACCAAAACUUCAAAAUCUAAGUCACCAACUUUAUACUUUCAUAAUACAUAUGCGACGUGGUGAUCCUAUAUUUUCUGAUUUGAAAGGAAUUGGUGAUUUGGCAGAAGCACUGGUUAAUGCAAAUCUCAUAGAGACUUAUUCUCUUGUUGCUUCUGCCAAAUCACCAAUUCCUUUCAAAUCAGAAAAUCUAGGAUCAUCACGUCGCAUAUGUAUUAUGGAAGUAUCAAGUUGGUGA